AUGCCUCCCCGAGGAGCUCGAAAAGCGGCGGGGAUUGAGACGAACAAACGGGAAUUAGGUGAUGACCACGAGUUACUCUCUACAAGACGGCAGUCGAAACGUAUCAAGUCGGCCGAACAACUUCGGUCUACCCCAUCUAGCCCACAACCCAAAUCUAGAAGAGUUCAGGUGAAGAGAGAGGCUCGAUAUUUGCAGGAGGAGACAACAAAAGCUGAAAACCCCACGCUUUUAAACACAGAGGAGCUUACGGAGGUGAAAUCGGAAGUCUCUGUUAAAGUCAAUGAAGAGGAGAUAAAGGAACAAACAUCUGCGACAAAGGCCACUAGAAAACGGAGGUCUACAAAGAAAGAAGAAGCUGAGAUGACGCCAUUAAGGGUACGAACACAGGGAUUGCGGAUGUUCGUCGGCGCUCAUGUAAGCGCAGCAGGAGGAGUUUUCAAUGCCGUGAAUAACAGCAAACACGUUGGCGGCAACGCUUUCGCCCUUUUCCUGAAAUCUCAGAGGAAGUGGGACAACCCUCCGCUCCAGGAUGAGCAUAGAGAUAACUUCGUCAAGCUUUGCAAGGAGCACGACUACGAUGCUGCGAAAUAUGUUCUCCCUCAUGGCUCUUAUCUGGUUAAUCUAGCACAGGAGGAUGAGGCCAAAGCGAAACAAGCAUAUGACGCGUUCUUAGACGAUCUGCGUCGCUGCGAAGCACUCGGGAUCAGGCUUUACAACUUUCACCCCGGAAGCACAAAUAAGACUCCCCUCUCCAGCGCACUUGCUCGGCUUGCCAAAGCCCUGACCAACGCCCUUGCCGCGACGUCCAAUGUGGUACCCGUCCUAGAGACCAUGUGUGGUCAUGGCUCAACAAUUGGUGGCUCUCUGUCCGAAUUCCGGGACCUUCUUGCUCUCAUCCCAAAAGAAUACCAUUCACGCAUUGGCGUGUGUAUAGAUACCUGUCACAGCUUUGCAGCCGGGUAUGAUCUCGUGUCUCCGGCCGGAUUCCAAGCAUUUUUGAAAGAGUUUGAGGACUUAAUUGGCAUACAGCAUCUACGUGCCCUCCACCUUAACGACUCUAAAGCGCCCGGCGGCAGCAAACGCGACCUGCACGCGAAUAUCGGAACUGGCUUCCUUGGUCUAAGAGCGUUUCACAAUGUCAUGAACGAGCCUCGCUUUGAGGGAUUACCAAUGAUUCUCGAAACGCCAAUCGAUCGAAUACCAGCUGCCGCUACAAAUAGGGCAAAACAAGAAGCAGCGGAGGAAGAUGUUGAGUCAGGAGCCAGUGAUGACGAAAUCAAGCCAAAGACCAAGAAAAAACAACAGAAGAAACCCGCUGCGGCCAAGGCAGUCCCAGAUUACUCUAUCUGGGCUCGCGAAAUCGCCCUCCUUGAGUCUUUGAUUGGCAUGGAUCCCGAAAGUGAUGAGUUCCGUGCGCUUGAAGCCGAGCUCUCUGAAGAGGGCCGAGAGACGCGGGAGAAGCACAUGGAGCAGUAUCUACGGAAACAAGAAACUGAGGAAAAGAAGAAGGCCAAGAGUGGGGGAAAGCAGAAAACACUGAUAGGAAUGAUGAAUGGAAGCAAGGGAAGAGGUAAAUCGACCACGAAGAAGGGAUACGAGACAGAAAGUGAGGACGAAGGUUGCCAGAGCUGCUGACGCGACGCGUUUUGGCGAAGGCUAGCUAAGAGCGCUGGCGGUGACAAUUAAAGGUUAACUGAGAAAAUACCAGCAGGGAAUAAAUGCCGAGCGCAAUGCGCUCUGAAAAACACUCCAAAGCAUUGAACGUCUGCCCAGAUAUAUAGUCUCAGCGGGGAUGAGACUUUUA